CUCCUCGACUCAACUAGAUUGCGUUAUUACCAUCCAAGUGUCUACCCAAUUGUUCCCAGUCCUGAUCGAGUGAUACCUGACCGACCCUUUCAUCGCCUGCCUUUUCCUUCUCCCGAGGCCCCAUCAAGGCGCCCGCCCACCCACCAGCACAAUGGCCUCCUCCGGCAUCCGGACGCCCAGGAGCGUCUCGGACGCAACCCGCUUCACACCGACGACGCCGCACGCCGCCUCCAAGGGCGGCCCGUCCUCGUCCUCGUCCUCCAAGAAGCCCUCGGCAGCCACACACCCAAGGUCGCGCCCCUCACCAGCAGAGUCGUUCGUCCCGGGAGAGCGCGGGAGGAGACCUCCCCCACUCGCGGCGGCCCCCGCAGAGGCGCCCGAGCAGCGCGUGGCCAGGCUGCGCGCAGCCCACCUGGCGGCCAAGAACGCGCAGGUCUCGAGCAUGGACCGGCUCGUCAACCGGGCCCGCGGCUUCUUUGACCACGCGCACCGCUUCACCACCAUGGGUCUGAUAGGGCUAUCAGCCGUCGCGACCCUCGUGACGGCCUACGCCGCCGUCGACAUGAUGACGUACAACCGCAAGCGCAAGCACGAGUUCCUCGAGGCCCAGGCCCGCAUGCGCGCCGACUCGCUCGAGGCCGCCCGCCUGGCAUACAUGCGCGGCGACGCGACCGACGAACAGGUCGCCCUCGUCGAGGAGGCCAACUCGCGCGGCGCCGACGUCUCCAUCUUCUCCAAGCUUCCCCCGGUCAUCAGCCCACCCGCCGCCGUCAAACCCCCAACCGCCACCGCCGCCGAUGGGGAGGCGUCAUCGGCAACGGCGGUGGCAGCGGCAGCGGGGAAGGAGGAGGGGCAAAAGAAGAGCAGUAGCAGUUGGGGCUCCUCAGUCUGGGGCUUCCUGGGCGGGAACCUGAAGGAUGAGGACGUUGCCGCCGCCGCCGCCGCCGCCGCCCCGCGCGCCAUCGCGGCCUCGAUCGAGGACAAGGCGCGCGCCGCGUUCGACAAGGAGAGGGAAAACCAGCGGAACGGCGGCCCGUUGGACCAGGUCGGGAGCAGCGCGGCCAAGGGAGACGGCGGCGGCGGCGACGCCGAGAAGCCGAAGAGGGGAUGGUGGUGAAUAGGGUGCGGUGAGGGUUUCAACCCAACGAAAAGAAAAACAAAGAAAUGGUCUAGCACCCUCGGAAUUUUCUUGGCGCUCUCGCGGGCUGUCAUUUACGUCUGCGCACGAGUUGAGAGCUCCGCCGCAACAAGUCUGGGGUGGAAGCCUGGCCUUGGGAAGGACGUGUACCAUAUCUGUAGAAAUGGGGGUGGAUAUAUGCAUUCUUCGGCGUCGGCUGGCUGGCUUUUGUUUUGCAAUAGGCACACAGAUCACAGAUGGACCACGCUGCUGCCAAUCUUCCGGUUGGAACCACCGGCGGAAAUAAGGACGUGCGCUUCCAAUAAAGCUAAACCUACCUUGUAGGUUUAGUCCUUACAUUCUUUCCUACCCUCCUCGCCAUCCAUAUGUCCGGCGGCAGUCAAAGUGAUUGGACUCGUGGAAAAUCCGUUUAUUUCGCUGUUCCCCGUAUCUGGAGGGUACAAUGGCGAUGGGGGGUAAUAGGUAGGUGCUGGCUACUAACAGCGAGGAAUAACAACCGUG